UCACCGUGUUUGGUCACUUCUGCUUCAGAUGCUUCUUGAUUUAUUCAGAGAGAUCUACAUAUGCUUAAAAGAGUCUACACGCAUUUGUUCUAAAAGCAUUAUGGCUGAGUCGAGUUUCCCUUCACCGCCAGAUGCCAUCUGUCCUCUCUGUGUGGAUGCACUCAGAGACCCGGUCACCAUCCCAUGUGGGGACACUUACUGCUUGGAGUGCAUCAAGAUCUACUGGGAUCAGUUCGACCACAUGGGGGUUUACAGCUGCCCCCAAUGCAGAGCAACCUUCACGCCAAGACCCGUGCUGAAACGCGAUUUACCGGAUGUCUACCACGAGCCCCGCCGGCAACUUCCAGAGCUCACACCUUUCCCCUAUAUGCACCGGGAAUCUUUCUGUGAUUUCUGCGUGGGUCGGCGGAACAAGGCAGUCAAGUCAUGCCUCGUGUGCUUGGCUUACUACUGCGAAACACACGUGAAGCCACAUUACGAGUCUUCCACCUUCAAGAGACACAAGCUGGUGGAUGAAACAGGCCACCUGGACAGGAAGAUCUGCCCACAGCAUGAGAAGGGCCUGGAGCUGUUCUGUCGCACUGACCAGAUGUGCAUAUGCGUCUUGUGCACUGUUCGAGAGCACCGCGGCCACAAUAUCACCUCUGCGGAGGAGGAGCGCAUCGACAAACAGAAAGUCCUGGUGGUGACACAGUCUGAGGUCCAGCACAUAAUUCAGGAGAGGAUGAAAGAGCUGCAAGAGCUCAAGCAUAAUGUUGAUGUUCUCAAAAGCUGUGCCCAGCGGGCCCAAGUCGAGAGUGAUAAGACGUUCCAUGAGAUGCUACAGGCAGCGGAACGCUGGAAGGCUGAAAUCCAUCAGAUGAUAACAGCCAACAUGCAGGCGGCUAUGUCCCAAGCUGAUGGCUAUGUGGAGCGUCUGGAACAGGAGAUACUGGAGCUGCAGAGAAGAGAUGCAGAGCUGAGGCAGAUUCUUGAAACAGAAGACAACAUUCACUUCCUGCAGAACUUCCCAACUCUGUGCAUUGCUCCAGAAGCCAUGGUACCCAAAGUUCUCAUCAACCCUCAGUUCUCUUUCAGCGAGAUGAGCAAAACAGCCUUAGAAAUGAAGGAACAUCUUGAUGAUAUCUGUAAAAAGGAACUCAGUAAAAUCUCCAAGACAGUAAGCGAAACGCCUGUGUACAUCCUUUUGCCAAGAAAUGGAGACAAACGGAUCAAAGUUCCUAACAGAGUGGAUUUCCAGGAGCCAAAAACAAGAUCAGACUUCUUGAGAUAUGCCUGUAAGAUGUCCUUCGAUGCCAAUACAGCCUAUAAAGAGCUGGUCCUGUCAGAUGGAAACCAGAAGGUCACUAGGAAGAAGACAGUCCAGUUUUAUUCUGAUCAUCUGGAACGCUUCGAUGGCUUCUCCCAAGUGCUGUGCAAGGAGCCACUUAGCGGCUUCAGAUUUUACUGGGAAGCUGAGUGGAGUGGUGAGUUUUCCCUUGGGGUGGCCUACAAAAGCAUCAGUCGCAAGGGGAAGAACUCACACAGCCUGCUGGGCUACAACAACAAGUCUUGGAGUCUGCUCUGCUCCGACUCGGGAUAUUCCGCGUGGCACAAUAAAGCAGACUUUGACCUCGCCAAUGCACCCCGUGCGUCACGAAUCGGCGUAUACCUGGACUAUGGUGGCAACACGGUGGCAUUUUACUCUGUCUCAGAAAGGAUGGAGCUGAUCCAUAGAUUUAAAGCUCGGUUCAGCGAACCUUUGUAUGCGGGCUUCGGUGUGGGCUCAUCAGUUACCCUUUGUCAUCUCAAACAAAGUCCCACACCUUACUAAAAUACUCAAAUAUGGUUGAAUUGUUUUACGUUGUGCAGUGGAUGCUGUAUUAGUAAUCUUAGAAUUUUAAAAUAUGUGCAAUCAUUUAAUUGUGACAGCUUCAUAAAAAAAAGAAAUCUAAUUACCAAUCACCAAACUGUUGAUUUUACAAAGUUACACCUAACAUACAUUAAGGUCAUCUUUCACACCUUACUGUUUUCACUGUCUUUGUAGUUGUGUCAAUAUUUGAUGUUAUGUAAAGCAUUUUGUUAUAACUGCAGUUUUUGUGGAAUGCCCUGUGUAAAUAAAGUUGUAUUCUAUUGUA